AUGUUGAGCUAUGCGAGCGGGUCUGUGACUUUUGGACAUCUGCGCCUUUUCGUUUUCACUCUCUUCUCGCUCUGUUCCUGGGUUGCGCACGCCUCGAACGACACCCUCCUUUGGGGUCCUUACCGACCGAAUCUCUACUUUGGAGUCCGACCGCGAGUCCCCAAUAGCCUGUUGACCGGUCUAUUAUGGGCCAACACCGACAACUAUGGCUCUGCACAGCUCAACUUCCGGCACACGUGCGAGCAGCAUGAGGGGAUGGCAGGAUAUGGUUGGGAAGAGUACGAUGUUCGAAAUGGUGGAAGACAAGUUAUACGUGACACGGGGAACAAGAUUGACUUGACAAUUGAUUUUGUCAAGAUCGCUGGCGGAGAACAUGGCGGUAACUGGGCCGCGAGAAUAAAGGGCAAUCCAAGAGAAGAUGCGCCGCCCACUCUGGUCACAACCUUGAUCUUCUAUGCCGGCAUGGAAGGUCUGGGUGAGCUGGGAUUCACGAGCACGGAGGAGGAAGAUGGCGUGGUGACGUUACAUGGCGAUACAAGUGAGCUUGGGCAAUUCGACAUUUCCUUUGAGGAUUCACCCGAGAAUCUCCUGCCAUACAAAAUACAUCCAUCCUGGGACUCCAAACCCGUGGACCGGCCACUGCUUUGCAGCCACCAAAUCCCCCCGGAGGCCAUCUGGCAAGCUAAAAACAUUGCUUUCGCGAGCAUGAAGUCAGAGAUUGACACCCUCAUACAGCAGUAUGGACAAGAGAAUAUGCCACCUCCCUGGCAGGCGUUUUCCAUCCCUCACAACCCUGGACCAGGGAAUUUCCACAUGGUUCAGAAGAUCUUUGUCGGCGCAUUUGAAACUGAUAUCCGGUUCAAAUCUGGGUCUGGCCCAGCAGUAUCCUCAGAAUCUCUCACGCAGUCCAUCGCAGGUGCCUCCAAAGAAUUCACCAAGAAGUUCAAAGAGGUUUUCAAACCAUUGGCGCCGUUUACCAAGCCCGCCUACACCGCUUUCUCCGCGUCCAUGUUCUCCAAUCUCUUUGGCGGGAUUGGGUACUUCUAUGGUGAUUCGUUGGUUGACAGGUCUUAUGCUCCAGAAUACGACGAGGAUAAUGAAGGAUUCUGGGAGGAGACUGCGGCUGCACGAGCACGAGCACAGAUUGUGAAUGAUCCUCCAGCGGAGCUCUUCACCAGCGUCCCCUCGAGACCUUUCUUUCCACGUGGGUUCUUGUGGGACGAGGGUUUCCACCUCAUCCCGAUCGCAGACUGGGAUCUUGACGUGACGAUCGACAUCGUAAAGUCAUGGUUCAACCUCAUCGAUCAGGACGGUUGGAUUGCUCGAGAGCAGAUUCUUGGGCCGGAAGCACGCAGCAAGGUGCCUCCUGAGUUCCAGGUCCAAUACCCGCACUAUGCCAACCCACCCACACUCUUCCUCAUCGUAGACAUUUUGAUGGACAAAAUGUCGAGUCCUGCAUAUGCUGCGUCCAAGGAGCACAUUGAAAGCGAGCUCCGAACCUUAUACCCCUUGCUCAAGCGUCAGUACUACUGGUUUCGCCGCACCCAGUUUGGAGACAUCAAAUCCUAUGACCGUGAAGCCUUCUCCACCAAGGAAGCAUACCGGUGGCGCGGACGAACACCGCAACAUAUCCUCCCUUCAGGACUUGACGACUAUCCGCGCCCUCAACCACCUCAUCCGGGUGAGCUCCAUGUCGACCUGAUCUCAUGGGUCGGCAUGAUGUCGCGUAUCCUGGUUCGCCUUUCUACUUUGCUCUCCGAAGCCGACGACAUACCCGACUUCAAAUCGCAACAUAAAGCCAUUGUCCGAAACAUCGACGACCUUCACUGGUCGUCCGAACAGAAAUGCUACUGCGACGCCACCAUCGACGAUUACGAAGACUCGGUCCACGUUUGCCAUAAAGGCUACAUUUCCCUGUUCCCGUUCAUGACGGGCCUCCUGCCAGCCAACCACCCUCACCUCCCAGACGUGCUCGAUCUGAUCUCUUCACCAUCCGAACUCUGGUCCCCCCACGGGAUCCGGUCGCUCUCCAAAUCCGACACCUUCUACGGCACCGACGAAAACUACUGGCGCUCCCCCGUCUGGGUGAACAUGAACUACCUCAUCCUUCGGUCCCUCCUCAACGUGGUCCAAUCCGCCGACCCGGCACCGCCCGCAAAGGUGAAGUCCCAGGCCCUGAGGAUCUACACAGACCUGCGCAAGAACCUGGUCGAGACCGUCUUCAGCGAGUGGGCCCGCACCGGCUUCGCCUGGGAGCAGUAUAACCCGGAGACGGGCGAGGGACAGCGCACCCAGCAUUUCACCGGCUGGACGAGUCUGGUCGUCGUGAUUAUGAGGAUGCCCGAUCUGAGUGGUAACAGUGGUAGCGGUGGGGUUCAGCAUGGUGAACUGUGA